GAUCACAGAGUGCAGGCUCAAAAUCUUCGCUUGGAAAAUUACAUGAAACAUAAAGUUUAAAGUUUGGACUCAGAGAAGAAGAAAACAGAAGAAGAAAACAGGAGAAGAAGAAAACAGAAGAAGAAAACAGAAGAAAAAAACAGAAGAAAAAGAAAACGGGAGGGAAGAUCUGAGCGAAUGCAGGAAACUUUCUGAAGGAGGUCUAAGGUCUGAAAAAUCUGAGUGAAGAUUUAAACGAGAGAAGGAGGCCAGAAACACAGACUGAGGCGAGACGCCAGGACGUAAGGAUGUCGGUGUCUCGGCGGUGUCUGUGCUGCGUCAAAUAUCUCAUGUUUGUCUUCAACCUCAUCUUCUGGCUGGGAGGAUGUGGUCUGUUUGGUAUCGGUGUGUGGCUCUCCUUCACUCAGGCAGAGUUUUCCUCUCUUCCACUCUCCUUCCCGUCUCUCUCGGCUGCCAACCUGCUGCUGCUCGCCGGGGGCAUCACCAUGGUAACGGGUUUCCUGGGCUGUCUGGGAGCUCUGAAGGAACAGCGCUGCCUGCUGGUGAUGUUCUUUGUCAUCCUGCUGCUGCUCGUCCUCACCGAGGUCAUUCUGCUGCUCGUCAUACACGUGUUCCACGACCAGCUGGACUCUAAAGCCCAAAACGAGCUGAAGGAAGGGAUGAAGAUUUAUGACACAGAACCAGGACUGAAGAAGUCCUGGGACAACGUCCAGAAGAUGUUUAAAUGCUGUGGAGUGACCAAUAAGACAGACUGGUUUGACGUCCUGAAUGGGACGCUGCCGUGGUCCUGCUGCUCGGUGGGGACGGAUCAGUGUGUAGACGGAUGGAGUGAGCCGUGUUACCAGAAGGCGAGGCAGUGGUUGUUGGAUAACAUCCCGUCAGUUCUGGUGUUUGGAGUCUGUAUCGGCGUUGUUCAGAUCCUGGCUCUGGUCUUCUCCAUGUUGAUGUACUGUCAGAUUCUAUGUGCAGAGAAACAUCUGGACUGAGUGCAGACAGCUGAUCUCCUGUGAUGAUGAUGAUGAUGAUGAUGAUGCUGAUCAUCUCCUGUCCACACCUGAAUCAGAGUUCACAUUGAACAGAUGAUCAGGCUGAAGAAUCAGAGCUGGAUGAUGAACUCUGUAAAAUAGAAAUUAUGAAUUAUCUCUAAUCACUAAUUCAACUCUAUGAUGAUCUUAUAGCAGACUGUAGUUUAAGAGUUCAACUGUAAAAUAAGUUUAAUGUUUAAAGGUAACCUGAGAGUUUCACUGCUGAGGCUCAAACACAGACUGAUGGAAACCUCACCUGACCCUGAACAGGUACACACACAACCAGCCUGUCAAUCAAUCAAUCAAUCAAUAAAUCAAUCAACCAAUCAAUCAAUCAAUCAACCGACCACUCUCUGACCCUGUGUGUGUGUGAUCCUGAGUGGGGCCAGUAGGGGGGGUCACAGAGGCUGUUGUUAACAGAUGUUUGAGGUGUUUUUAUUAUUCUGUGUCUUCAUCACAUCUCUCUAAUAAAUAACAUGAUGUAAAUACAUUCAGCAUGUACACAUAUCAACUCCUGUUUCCAUGUGCUGUAAAUAAAAUACGUUUACGUUUC